UCAGCCGUUCCAUCCUCGGUCGACCCUGGUCAAAAUCCGCCACAAUUCCCAGUGAUGCGUCGCGUUCCUCCGCCCCCUAUGCCUCGACCUGCCUCUCUUCUCUCUGCAUCCGUACAACUGAGGAUCUCUUCCGGUGGUUCCGGCUCAUCUUGCUGUGUUUCUACUGUAGCCGGAUCUAGCCCCAGUCCUCGGAUCCCAUCCACUUCUGGUCUCGAAGUUUGGUCUCUCGAGGGCGGCGAUACUGUGCGGGCUUCGGAAAUAGCGGCUUCUCCAGGAGGUGGACCACUAACUCGUGCUGACCUCGAGCGCAGCAUGGCGCUAGCUGAUGCAACCGCGAGUGGAGCCGCAGCAGAAUCAGCGGGUGCUAAGGCCCUAACCGACAUCGUCAACCAAAUCGACCAUUCGGUUCGAUGCCUCGUUCGUCUUAAAGCCAGUCAUUCACUAAGGCUUUCUGCUGCCGAGAAGAAUCCGAAUCGAUUUGUCAAAUUCUUCACUCCAGAAUUCCACGUCUAUAUUUGUCAAAAAUUGUCUGGGAAUGUACCAAAUCCACAGUCUGACUCUAGGAAUUAA